AUGACGAUUGCGUACGAAUUUAUAACAAGCUCGGCAGAAAAAAUAUUUUGCUUGCCAAAAGGAGAAAAUUAUGGAACUAAUGAGGAAGCACUCAAUGAUUUUAUACAUAACUCACAUACCCUUCUUUUACAAACAUACGUGAGCGGUGACCAUACUUUAUCAUUUCACACAAACAUACAAAAAGAAAUCAAGAAAUCAAUAAUUUUCUAUAAAACCUCACCCCAAAUUUUAACUACUCAGAAUGCUCUAAGUAACAUCAAUAUUAUGACCUUAGCUAGUGGUGCAGCAGAGUCUUUAUAUCAAAUUUUAAGACAGAUUUAUAGCCCUAUACUUGCAAUAGGGGAUGAUUUGUAUUCCAAUAAAUUACAAAAAAUUUUAUCAGAUUUGGAGUCAAACCUAAGAAUUUUAUCUCAUGGAAAAGGAUAUGAAAAUACUAAAAUAAUCUUAAACAUUGAGGAUGAAGUGGAUUAUUGGAAAGCUGUUGGCCAAAAGAGAGAUUCUAAUAAAAAGGAAAGAGAAGCUGCAUCUUCAUUUUGUGUUUUGUUUGAGGAUAUAUGCGAAGAAAUUAGAUCGUUGCAAUCAAGCCCUCUACAAGAAGCCCGGGAUGCAGCAGAGAAUAUUGCGGGAAUUCUAGACGAUGUUUGGAGAUGCACUACUAUAGCGUAUUCUGAAAAUCGAAUGAAUCAUAUUUUCGAUAUAAUAGGCCAUAUUAUUUGUACAGUUGUUCAAAAGGCGGCUUCACAGGUCGAUUUAUGGGUGGCUCAUAAUGGUUUGAUAGAUAACGUAAUUUUGACACUUUUAUCAGAAGGGCUAACUGUAAUAAAAACUUGGGUCAGUGCGUGCAAGUCUCUUACUGAAACUUACUGGCCAAAUUAUGCUCUACAUCCUUGGAAAGGGAAACCUUAUAUACCGUUGUUUUGCAAUAACUUUAAAAUUCGACUUACAGAGGUACAUAACAUUAGAUCAACCUAUAAUCAAUUGGUCAAACUUUUGACUAAAAAUGAAAAAGCUGAAUUAAAUAGUGACCAAUUUUUAGAAUCAUUUGCAAAUAUUAGCAUUUGGAUGUGUAACGGCCCAAAUCAAUCGUGGGAAUCUGCGGUGGCUAGAUUUAAUGCUAACUUGAGACCUGCUGAAGCUAAAAUAGCUGAAAAAUUAAAACCACGCAUGCAUAAUACAUCCACCAAACAAAUGCUAUAUGAAUUUCUUCGGUAUAAAACUCUCAUAAGCCGACCUCUUGUGAAACACGUACUCAGUAAUGAGUUAGAGCAAUUCGUAAGUUCCUUGUUAUCGAUGUUGAAGAGUAUUCACAGUGACUUAGAUUCAGAUGAGCUGGACGUUAAAAUGCACACGCCGGCGGAGAUGUCACCACUCGUGCAGAAAGUGCAGUGGGCUAAGCAAAUGGAAGUUAAGGUUAAAGAAAUACAAAUGUGUGUUGAAAACUAUCUGAGUGAAUUUGAAAACAGCGAUACAGUACUUAACCUAGCCUCACAAGUUCUAAAGGAGCUCAAAACCAUGUACACAAACUUACAUGAAGACUGGGUUAGAGACAUUCAGAACUUAGUAAAGGAGGAGUCGUCGCAGAUGAGUGGGGACAGGCCGGUGGUGGAGUUCAGCGGCAGCGACCGGCUGAUGGUGGUGCGGUUCUCGGCGCGGCUGCUGCGCGCGGAGGGCGAGGCGCGCGCGCUGGCCGCGCUGGCCGCGCCGCCGGCCGCGCUGCCCGCGCUGCUCGCGCCGCUGCGGCACGCGCGCGCCCUGCACCAGGUGGCAUCUUUCCACAACACUCUGGGCGAGCGCAUGAUCCCGUCGACGCGGCCCAUGAUGCUGCAGGGCGCGCUGCGGCUGGCGGCGCUGGUGCGCGACCAGCCGCCGCUCUACUGGCACCACGACGACCGGCUCGCUGACUACACUGAGAAGCUUAAACGUAUGGUCUUAGAGCUGGAAGGGCAGAACACUUACCUAACAGGACAACAUAUAAUAAUACGCGGUAUCGUCGAAAGGCUCAUGGAUACAGAGCUUCUGGCGAAGCAGGCGGAGUGGAAAAGAGGAAUAAAGGAAAUAAGAGACAUUAUAGAAAGGGUGGAGGUUAAUGGCUACAAGAACACCGAAAUGUGGCGAUCUCAUUGGGACCUUCAGUUGUACAAGGCACUCGAGUGUCAAUACAUCAAGACACUUCUGUCUUUACAUACGCACUUUCCUACUGUCAGAGUAGACUUAGUUUUACGCGGGCGGCGCGUGCGCACGGCGCCAGCGGACGAGGAGCUGCGCGCGCAGCACUACGCGCAGCUGCGCCGCCUGGUGGCGCUGCCCGCGCACUUCGCGGGGCUUCGCGCCGCUCCCGCCGACGACACCUCCAUAUUCGCUUCUAUUGUUGACAAACACAGCUGGGUGGGCAACAAGGCGGUGGCGCGGCUGGAGGCGACGCUACAGCGCGUGCGGCGCGCGGCCGCCGCCUGGACGCGGCGCCUGGCGCUCGCCUGCGUCGACGUGGACGCGCUCUGCUCACUACACCUCAAGACGCCCGACGACUGGGAACGCAACUUUAAAGCCUGCAAAGCUUAUGGACAGGCAGUUGCUAAGAUGACCUUCGAAGAUGAGAAAAUAGAAUGGAUAUCAGUAGGCAGCCUGACGCUCCGGCGCGAGUUCGAGGCGCAGGCGCGCUCGCUGUGGGGCAGCCUGGCGGCGGCGCUGCAGGCCGACUGCCGCGCCGCCGCCGCCGCGCUCGACGCCUUCGCGCGCCGCGCCGCGCCCGCGCUCGACGACGCCGCCGUGCCGAGGAACUCCAGGGAACUGGCCGAAGUCAGCGCCAGGCAACAGGCGCUGCAGGCACAAAUGCCUGAGAUGGAGAAAACAGUGGAAGAUCUGAAGCGCAAAGCGCAGCUCCUGCGCACGUGGGGCGGCGACGCGGCGCCCGAGGACAGCGUGCGCGCGUGGGCCGCGCUGCGGGAGCGCCUGCGCGCGCACGCCGACAUGUUCCAGCACCAGGCAGAGAUAGUGAAAAACAGCUUAAAAGGCGAGUGGGAGAACCUGCACGGUAAGGUGGAGGCGUGGGCGUCGCGCUGGGCGGCGACGCACGCGCGGGAGGCGCGGGCGCGGCCCGCCGCCUACGCCGGGCUGUUGCAGCGCGCGCGCGCCGCGCUCGCCGCCGCCGCGCGCUUCGACGAGCUGCUCCGUGAGCGGGAUCAGAUCAUAGCGGAGUGUGAAAAGUUUAAUAUGAAAUUUGAAAUGUCACAAGCAUGGAAAGAGGCAGAAGACCUAAAAAAUGAGUUCGUAAAUCUGUGGACUAUACUAAAGGAUUACGAUGAUGAAUACAACUCAUUGGCUGAACAAGAUUGGAUCAUAUUCCAAAAGAAACUACACUUGCUAGAUGAUUUUGUUGAUAAAUGGUGUGGGCUAUUAGAACCGUACACUACCGUUACUUUGUAUCUGAAAGAAGAACUGGAUAAAUAUUCAGAUCUUACAACAGUAUUAAAGUACCUCCGCGGGCCCGAAUUGACAGAAUCACAUUGGCGAGAAAUAUUUAACCUGGUAGAAGUUGAAUAUAUCAAACCUGAUACUCUAAAACUUAAACAUUUACUUGAAGCUGCAGUCAAUAUUAAAAAGCAAAUGAAAGCUUUACAGAAAAUAAGUUCCAGUGCCUCAAGCGAAGCAACUAUUAGAAAUGCUCUAAACGAAUUGGAAGUCUGGUAUGCGGGUGCUAGAUUGGUCAUGAUAUAUUACACGGACAAGACGAAGAAGCUUAUACCGAUAGUAAAAGAUUACAAGGAGUUGUUAACAAAGAUCGAGGAGCAGCAGUGGGUGGUGUCGUCGCUGGGCGGCGAGCGCGCGGGCGCGUGGGAGGCGCGCCUGCUGGCCGCGCGCCGCCUGCUGCGCGCCGCCGCGCACGCGCAGCGCAGCUAUAUAUAUUAUAUGUCUCUGGUAAAUGACUCUGCCGCUUACAUCGCAAAUGUAUUAUCAUUUAUCAGUGACGGAUGUGGAGAGCGGAAGGCCGACCGCUGUCGAUUUGUGUAUCACUGUCUGCUGCAACGUCCCAAACCAACCCUG